CUCCAGCAUCCCCCCCUCGAUCAAGAUGUGGCACCUUAAACUCUUUGCAGUACUCGUCAUCUGCCUGUUGCUGGCAGUCCAGGUCCACGGCUCCCCGAUACCGGAACUGAGUUCCGCCAAGAAAAGGCCGAGGAGAAUGACUCCAUUUUGGAGAGCGGUUUCCCUCAGGCCCAUUGGAGCCUCUUGCAGAGAUGAUUCGGAGUGCCUCACGAGGCUGUGCAGAAAAAGACGCUGUUCCCUAAGUGUGGCCCAGGAAUGAUGUAAAUACCAGGGGGAGAGGACAGCACUUACCUGCGACAAUGCUCCGUUCUAUGGAAUAUUGGUUAACUGCAUUUGACUGGAGACACUUAAGUGAAGCAACCUUGUGUUUUUAAAGACAGAUGUAUGCUUUAAAUCGGUCUCCAUUUCUUCUUAGAAUGUUCAUAUGUAGAUAAGCCUAACAACUUGUCAACUUAAGAGUUUAUUUUUCUAUGUGUACUAUUAUUUAAACUGUGGCAGCCUGGAA